AUGCCUCCUAAGCGUGGAACUAGAGCAACACGUGCAUUCACCGCGACCGAGCCAAUGCCAACGCGAAGCACCCGAAGUCAGUCUCGACAAGCGGGACCCGUCAAAUAUCGUUCUUCCCUCGUCGCGGAUCCCAUCGCGCGCAAAGGCGCCCCGCGCGGCGUCUCUGCUAGUGAAGCCGAGAUUCCCACGAGCCCUAGGCGCAAUGAAGACUCCGACGAUGACGUUGAGGUCGGCGCUGAAAAUGGCCAAUUACAUGUCGUUGCUCAAGUCUCUGAAGAGGACCUUGAGUUCAUGUGCCAGUGCGUUUACAAGCUAGGCAGCACGGCCGAGAUUAUCCUCUCUCACUAUAGAGUCUUUGGCGAUAAGGAUAAGCUCGCGCGCCGGGCUUUUAUAAUGGAUAUCGAUAAUUUCGCAUCUGUGCGCAAACAGUUUCUCGUGGACGAGGGAUAUGCUCCCUAUUUGCACUGGGCCUGGGCUACUACGCCAUUGACCAACGAUGAGCUCGAUGCCUUGAAAGUAGCCGUGAUCCUGGCUAAUCUCGCCACACUGCUAGAAACUAUCUGGGAGGGCGCCUGGAAGAACUUGGACGAAGCUGGCAGCCCUAAUGUGGAGAAGUUGAGGAUCAUCGAUGAAGAGUUUCAAGAUCUUAUUACCGGUGGUUUUGGCUUUCCAAUCAAUGUUACUGAGGCCGUGUUGAAACUGGCACUUGAAGUUCGCGUCGCGCACGUACUGGCUGCGCUUACCAAGGCUGACAAGAACAGUGAUGCGCGUAAAAUCAUGUACGACAUCUUUUGCGAUCAUCGCAAAGAUCCGACCUCCGCGCAAAUCAACGCGACCUUGGAGAACGGACCGUACAAGCGCUUUGCCAGCAUCGACACCCAGGAGCUGGAUAGUCUAUGUCGCGAACAUAUUGCCGUCUUCAGCAAGCACAUUGGCAAAAACAAUGUAACCUUUUCUAAUCUGCCCACGCUUCGCAAGCAGUACCCUGCUAAAAGCCUGCUGGCUACCAUACAAACCGUCUUUCGAGAUUUUGGGGAGCCAAUUGACGCUUCGCGCGGCAUCUGGAAGCAACUCGAGCAUCGCGACCAAAGCCCAAACGAGUUUUUCGACGCUGCCAGUGGAGGAGAAGAUGAUAUCAGCUCCGACGAAGACGAGUCGCAGCCCAUUGUGCGCGCCUCGAACACGGAAGUCGGCCGCAGUCUGUUUCGCGAUCAAGCCGACGCCGAGGCUCUCGAGCGCGUCCAAGUCACCGCCAGCGGGGGCAUCUUUGCCGUCGAUCACGGCGCGGCGCCGUUCCCGUCCGCUUUAUCCCAUCGUCCUGCGGACAGAGUAUCGUCGACACCAGCUAAUCACCAUCAGCGCAGCAAGCGCACGCACGACCAAGCCACCACCGGCGACGACGAUGGUGAUGACGACGACGUAUUUGAGACGGAUACGCGAACCAUCAGCGAAGCCGUUCAUCUCAAAAGGCGUCUGACUACAAAGGCAGACGCUACGCGCGUGGACCGAGAAAUCCGCCGGCAGCAGCAGCAGCAGCAAGAGCAUUCGCCGUUUUUCCCCUCUUCUUCUCUCAGCACAUCCACCACGGCCGUCGGUGGUUCUACACAGGUCGACAAGCACGCCCGCCAAGCCAACUCUGUCGUGCCCAGAAACGACGCGCGCGGCACCACCACUACUACCACUACAGUUGCCCUUGCCGACGGCGACGCAUCCUCUGUGCCUCGCCCUCGUCCCUCCAUGCACAACGGGCGAGUUCGCUGGAGCCAGCACGACGACGAGGCGCUCCUCGCCAGCAUCGCCAAGCACUAUGCCAAGUGGGCUGAUAUUGAAUGCCAGGCAAAACACUUGUUUGAGCAUCCCCGCGACCAGCAGGCCUACCGCGACCGCGCGCGCAACCUCAAGGUCAAGUACAUACUCAAUGACGAGCCCCUGCCCUAUGGAUUCGACUGGGUCACGCUCGGGCCAAAGGAAAAGGAACGGCUGCUGAAGCACGGCAAGAAUUAUGAGCGCAUGGAGGCGGACAUUGACAAGAACACCGGCAGGCCGACCAACACGGAAUAUAUACCGGUCCAGGUUCGUGACACGCCGGGGUCUGAGUGA